AUCCCCUUCUCCUCCUCUACCUCUACCUCUACCUCUACGCUCCUUAAAUAUAAAUAGCCCCCCCUUCAUCAUACUCUUUUCCUUACAACCAAUUCGACAAUUACCGUUCUAUCCAUUCCUCUCAUCCUCAACUCUCUCUCUCUCUCUCUCUACCUCAACAAUGGCUCUCAAAGCUGUUCAUGUUUCCGAUGUUCCCAAUCUUGAUCAAGUUCCCGACAAUGCCUCCCUCUCUCUCUACUCCUCCCGUUUUCCCAAAGGCGUGGACGUUGGGAGGGCGACAACUUUGUUUAAGGAACCCAAAUUUUUGGUGAUCGGACACAGGGGGAAUGGGAUGAAUAUGUUGCAGUCAUCGGAUUUGAGGAUGAAAGCGAUUAAAGAGAAUACGAUUCUUUCCUUCAACACUGCCGGAAAACACCCCAUUGAUUUCAUCGAGUUUGACGUUCAGGUGACGAGGGAUGGCUGCCCCAUCAUUUUUCACGACAACUUCAUCUACUCUGAAGAUAACGGGGCAAUCUUUGAAAAGAGAGUCACUGAAUUGUCUCUAUCCGAGUUUCUUACGUUCGGCCCUCAGAGAGAAGGUGGUUCGGAGGGGAAAACUUUGUUGAGGAAAACAAAGGAUGGCAAAAUUUUAAAUUGGACGGUGGAAUCUGAUGAUCCCGCAUGCACACUGCAAGAGGCAUUUCAGAAAGUGAAUCCUUCUCUUGGGUUCAACAUUGAAUUGAAGUUCGACGAUAAUAUUGUUUACCAACAAGACUAUCUCAUUCAUGUAUUGCAAGCUAUAUUGGAAGUUGUUUUUGAUCAUGCCAAAGAAAGGCCUAUCAUAUUUUCCAGCUUCCAACCGGAUGCCACUCUGCUUGUCAGGAAACUUCAGGGCACCUACCCUGUGUUUUUCCUCACCAAUGGAGGAAAUGAGAUUUACAAUGAUGUGAGGAGGAAUUCUUUGGAGGAAGCGAUCAAACUAUGCGUGGAAGGUGGUUUGCACGGGAUUGUUUCUGAAGUGAGGGGUAUCUUCAGAAAUCCAGGGGCAGUGAACAAAAUCAAAGAAUUGAAGCUCUCUCUCCUGACAUACGGGAAGUUGAAUAAUGUGGCUGAAGCGGUGUACAUGCAACAUUUGAUGGGUGUGGAUGGAGUGAUUGUGGAUUUGGUUAAAGAAAUAGCAGAAGCAGUUUCGAAAAUGGUGAAGCCGCCAUGUGGGGAAGGUGAAGAAGAGGAGGAGGAGAUAGUGAUGGAAGGAAAGGGUAGCAGGCCUAAGUUCUCGCAAAGGGAGUUGGCAUUCUUGUUGAAGCUCAUCCCUGAAUUGGUACAGCACCAAUGAUUCAUUCAUUCGUUGGUUGGUUUACUCCAAACAUGACUCCCAUGUAUGAUAUAUUAGAGGAGUUGUAGGAGUAUACAUACCACCCCUUUUGGCUUCUUCAAGUUCUCAAGUAUGGAGGUCUGUGACUGUGACUGUGUCUGUGUUGUGUGUGUUUCGAUUACUGUAGAUGAAUUUAUAUAACUUGUAAGGGGAGAAGAUAGCAGUGAACAAAGUGAUAUUGUGUCUGCUGAAGCCCAACUCUCAAGGGUUUGUCCUUUUUUCAGAGUUUUUCAACCCCUGUUAAUGUAAACAUUCCUAUCCUGGGGGAUAAUUGUUGUACCAUUUUCUAAUCUCAAUCAUUCAUCAUUACUUCCUUCCAA